AUGCAGCUUGAACGUGUCAGGGCGACAUUGCUCAGGCUGAAAAAUGCGGACGAGUCGGUGGAGCCUCAGCUGGAAGAGUAUUUCACGUUUAUAUGUAGCCAGCUCGAGACGGAUCGUGUUUCUGCGUGCAGUACAUUGUGUAUCUGGCUCACUCGGUCGCAGAGACUCCUCGAAAACGGUGUCGGCAACAAGGACAAGAUCCUGUCUUUGGUCACUGAUAGAUCAGACUAUUUUUUACAAUACAUUAUUGAUUUCUGGAACGAGUCUGGGGCUCCACUGGGGAAAUGUCUUCGAGACAUGUUCGCAAGGCUGGUUUUAUUUAUAGAGCAUGCCCCGUCUAGAGACCAUAUUUUCAAAGCAUAUAUUGAUCGAUGUCUUCAGCUUUCAUAUUCUUCUCGAGCAUUAUAUUUCCUGUUGGACCAUCUUAUCAACGAGCAAAAGUGGAGUGCCUAUGUGAUCCAACAGCGUCCGUUUUUUAUCAGAGAAGCUUUAGAAUACAUAUGGAGCAAUGCUCUAGCUAGCUGUAUUGGAAAGACUCUCUCCUCACUUCUCAAGACGCUAUACACAGAACACGACUCCUCUUCUUGGCUUUCCUUGUGGAAAGAGCCUGUGAUUCAUAACUUGGAGAUCCCAAAGCUGAAAAAACAUACAGAAACCUACCUGCUACCGAAUCUUUUCAAAACGUGCAUCCCUGCUACCGAAAAAUUUCUUGACGCGGUGAGACCAAACACACCGAUAUUUCUUGGCUGCUUGAGAAUUGCGCAAGAUCUUGCAAUUGUCUCCGAUCCAACCAGAUUUCUGUCCUACGAUGAGUUCAGAGCUUUGUUGUUGCAACAGGAUGAUCAGCUGCGCUUGGUUGUACUAUCUUUGCUCCUUUCCUCUCCUAAAGGAGCCAUGCCUAUACAAAAUUCAGUGUACCAGCUUCUGAAGGACACCACUGACCAUCUGUUUUGCCAAACCAAUCUAGAGACAAGAACUGCCUCUCUCUCGCUGCUCAACACUUUUAUUAUCAGGAUCAGAGACUCGUCGUACGCUCUGGACAGAGACGCAAAGAGUCUGGCCAAAAAGGACUAUGGCCGGUUUGAGCAGGAGAUAGUCUACAAGGAGACGCUUGUCUCUAACGCUCAGCAGUUUCUUGCAGCCUUGCUGGAGAAAGUGCUAUUCAAUCUGCGUCCAGGUUCAUCGUAUCACUGCGUUUCUUUUAGCUACGCAGUCCUGAAAUCUUUGGUGAAAUCCGGUCUCGAUAAAAGAGUUGACGAACGCUACUUCGACAAGUUCAGACACAUUGAUUUUCCAUUCUCAAUGGAGGUCUACUCGCCACCCCUGAUUCGCAUCCUUAUCGACCAUUUGUCUGAUGACUACGAUGAUAUUCGUUCACUAUCUUGCGAAUUUCUCGAAAUGUGUCCUGUUGACGUAGAAUUGUUUGUGGAUCUCGAGCUUGCUCAAAAGAGAAGUAUCUUGCUACUGUGCGACAUGAAGGGUAAGAGUGUGGACUUUGCGGGCAAGUUCUUUCAGUUCCUGGUCGGACAUAAGAGGAAUAAAGGCGUUGAUGUUGAUCCUGUCCUGCAGCUGCUGCUGCAGAGCUUGAGACAGGAAAUCAACUCCACGCACAAUCUGGGUGAAGCUUGCUUCAAAGCCAGUGUGCAAGGACACUUUUCUGCACUCAAGCAUAUUUUCACUGUCAAGAGUGAUGAUUUGGAAGAACACGUUCCUGCGUUGAUUGAUUGUUGCGUGGAUAUCUGGCAUAUCACAAAAGAUGUGCUGCAAAACGAUUCUCCUGAGGGGAACCUACCGGAGGAGGUGGAAGCAUACAGUGCGGAUUUGGAGGCAAAGUACGGAAAGGCAUCACAAGUGGUGUACAAUUACUGUUGGAGAGCUCUGAAAGAGUCAACUAACUUGCUCGAGGUAUUGAUUUCGAAGUACACCAUAGACGAAGAGCAACUCCGAUUCAUAGGUGAAGUUCUUAUGGAGCAACUAGCAACGGUCAGGCACAAGGGUGCGUUCACCUCCGUUUUCCCUACAUAUGUGGCAUGUUGUAGGAAAUCCAGCUACACCCAGGAAUGGCUUGCACAGACCCUUCAUCUGGUCAAGAACGAGAAAAUUUCUAUUACAAGAAGAUCUGCCGGUAUACCGUUUCUUCUCACCGCUAUGCUGCGCUCUGAUAACAAGCUGAUAGCCUCCACUAUGGAUAGUCUCGUUCAAACAGCAAGGCUACCAAUUGACAAAACUGCAGCAGUAUCCACCAACAUUCCCCAAGUGAACGCCAUCAACUCGAUCAAGGCCAUCAUUGUGGAUUCUUCUCUGUCUCAGACGUCUGCAAAUUACGUUGGACAGGCACUGCAACUCGCUUUGGAUUCUUUCGGUUCCAAAAUCUGGGCCGUCCGCAAUUGCGGAGUGAUGCUUUUUGCUGCCUUGCAGACUAAGCUAUUUGGGAGCAAGAAAAUUGAUAACAGUCAUCUCUCUACUAUCUCUGCACGAUUGUUUUUUUCCAGGUUCAAAACUAUCCGCGGCGUCCUUCUCGAAGCCCUUUCGGAUGCCAUCAGUAAAGGUUUCACAAGAGACAAUGUGGAGAAAAUGUAUCCAGUACUCACAACGUUGACGCGACUCGAAGCCACGCCUGGCUAUGAGGGUUUGCAAGAAUUCAAGCCACUUGUUCUCGCCUGUUUGAGUAACGAAAGCUGGAAAUUACGCGAAAUGGCCGCAAGAGCGCUUCCUGCUCUGGUGUCCUCUGAGACCGUGUUUGAGGAAUGCUCUGCGCUGCUGCAAAAGCCAGGAAACCUCAAUGCCGUCCACGGCUCAAUUUUGGCUGUUCAAGAAUUGAUUACUCGACAAGAGUUAAAAAAUGAAUGGUCUCAGGUUCCCAGGGAAUACAUGGACCUGAUUCUGUGCUGUCUGCCUAGUAUGCUGAAGAAAAAGAACUAUGCUAUUCAACUGUCAUAUUUCAAGCUAAUAGAAUUCACCAAGUGCCAACUGGAUCCAAGAUCGGUUGCUUUUCUGGGCAACUGGUUUAUUGAGAAAGAGCAGAGUUCUGGGCUUGACGGAUCGCACCAGCUCGCUCUUAGGAAUUGUGCAAAAAUACUCUUGGACUACUACAAAAUGUCUGGCAAAUGGGACGUGUUUAUUGACUUUCUGGAGCUUGCAAUGAACUCAGUCUACGAAGUGCGUGUGGCUGCUAUCGAGUCUUGUGAUGCAGAUGUUCCGGAUAAUGUGGUAUCUGAAGUAAUCCGGAUUUUAUGGGAUCUUUGCCAGCGCGAGGAUUGGGACUACGUUAAAUCAUUCGCCUUGAGACGACUGAAAAAGCUUUUGGCAACGGCGGAAUUUGACGACCCCGAGAUGGUACACAGUCUGUUCUCUCUACUCAAAUCGCACACAAACGACGAUAUUGAAAUGAGUGUGAUUGAGGCCUUAGGACCUUUGGUUGGAAAGCAACUGGAUACAUUGGAGUUCGACAGAUGGUUCAAGACAGUCAGACGCCUGAGCGAUGAUGGCAGCGAGUUUCCAGCUAGAAUGGCAUCUUUGAAUGCGCUCAUUGGGUUUAAUUCUGUUCAUACCGCAGACGAUCGCUAUGGUGUUCAGGUAAGACUGAAAUUAUUUGAUUUCCUUUCUGACGACGACGACGAGCUGCGUUCUCUUUGCGCACGCCAUUUAUCAGACUAUCUUGCGCUGAAAAAUGCGAUGGUUCCCGUUGAAGUGGAAAGGAGCUUGGUAGACUAUUUCAUCAGUACGAAGCAAGAAUAUGUUGCAUUUGAUGAUGUUUUCCAUCUGGCUACCCAAUGCGAUUUCAGUCAGUUAUUCAACACGGACUCGUUGCUCUUUGCUCCGGAAAAAGACAAUUUCUACAAGAAUCCUAUUCGGCGUAGUCUUCAGUUCCAACAGCUCGCUUUGGGUGUGAAACCCAAUCUGCAAUUAUGGCGGAGUAAGGUGGAAGCUAAUGUCAAGUCGAUUUCUGCUUUAGCCGACGUGGACGGAUGUUUUGGUCCUUUGUCGGAACCAAAUAAGUUCAACUUCGUUUACUGCACUCUCCUAGAUAUACAAGUGUUACUCAAAGCUGGGAUACAAGUUGAUUUGCCACGUCUGCCUCUCAACUGCCACCCAUUGAUUUUGCAAUUGGCGAAUUCUCUCUAA